ACAUCAGGCACAACGCCCUAUAAAUGCAGCAUGGAUGUCUGCACAAAGCCCUCUCCCAACUCAGAGCAGAGAAGGCCGGUCACUGCUGCAAUAAUCAUGGCACCAGGAGUGAAGAAGGGCAUUUUGGAGUGCCUGGAUGCAGGAGAGAUCAUCAUUGGAGACGGAGGCUUUGUCUUCGCUCUGGAGAAGAGAGGUUAUGUGAAGGCAGGACCGUGGACCCCCGAGGCUGCAGCCGAGCACCCAGAAGCAGUGCGGCAGCUGCACAGGGAGUUCCUGAGAGCAGGCUCCAAUGUCAUGCAGACAUUCACUUUCUACGCAACUGAUGAUAAACUGGAGAACCGAGGCCACACUCAGCGCUUCACUGGGCAGCAAAUAAACGAGGCAGCUUGUGACCUGGCCAGAGAGGUGGCCAAUGAGGGUGAUGCUCUGGUGGCAGGAGGAGUCUCUCAGACCCCUGCUUACCUCAGCUGCAAGAGUGAGGAUGACGUCAAGGCCAUCUUCAAGAAACAGAUCGACGUCUUCGUCAAGAAAAACGUGGACUUCUUGAUUGCAGAGUACUUUGAGCACGUGGAAGAGGCUGAGUGGGCCGUCCAGGUUUUGAAGACCACCGGGAAGCCAGUGGCUGCAACUCUGUGCAUCGGACCCGAGGGAGACCUGAACGGAGUCAGCCCCGGAGAAUGUGCUGUCAGACUCGUCAAAGCUGGAGCUCAGAUUGUGGGGGUCAACUGCCACUUUGACCCGGAGACCUGUGUGAAUACUGUGAAGAUGAUGAAGGAGGGGGUGGAGAAGGCCGGGCUGAAGGCCCACUACAUGAGCCAGCCGCUGGCUUACCACACUCCUGACUGCAACUGCCAGGGUUUCAUUGAUCUGCCCGAGUUCCCUUUCAGUCUGGAGCCGAGGAUCCUGACCAGAUGGGACAUGCAGAAAUACGCCCGGGAGGCCUACAAAGCCGGCAUCCGCUACAUCGGAGGCUGCUGUGGAUUCGAGCCCUAUCACAUCCGAGCCGUGGCUGAGGAGCUGGCACCUGAGAGGGGUAUCCUGCCUGCUGGCUCUGAUAAGCACGGCAACUGGGGCAGUGGUCUGGAGAUGCACACCAAGCCUUGGGUCAGAGCCAGGGCCCGUCGUGACUACUGGGAGAAGCUGAAGCCGGCGUCCGGCCGUCCUUUUUGCCCCUCCAUGUCCACGCCCGAUAGUUGGGGGGUCACCAAAGGCCACGCUGACCUGAUGCAGCAGAAGGAGGCCACCUCUGAGGAGCAGUUGAAGGCUCUCUUUGACAAGGCCAACAAAAAACACUGAGCUCCCCUCUGAUCUGUUAUUCUAUGAAGACAGGAGAAAGUGUACUCACAAGUUUACAAACCAAAAAGAUUGAAAUGCUGAAGCUCUUUCUUUCUCUUUAGGACUUUUUCUACUGUAUGUACAAGACUGGUAUCAUAUGUUUAAACUUUACAUUGGCUCUCUAGCCUAAAGCAACAAUAAGUGCCUGUUUCAAAAUAUAAUUGUGAAUUACUGAGGCUGAAAAUAACACAAAGGCAGCAGCUGUGAAUGCACUUGAAGUAAUGCCUUAACACUCCAGAAGUGCCUCAUGUUUACUGACAAAAUAAUGGAAGGAUGUGGAGCAAUAAAAAUCUGCAAA